AUGGUGAAAGGGGUAGAAGUUAUACCGCAGGUCCUUAACAAUGGAUAUCUUGGGAGACUGGGUGGGAAAUGCAGAGGAGCGGAAGUGCCGCCGGGCCCGCCCCUCCCUCCCGAGGCCCGUUCCCCUCGCCCCUCCCCCGGCCCACUCUUCCUGGCGCAAUUCGGCGCCUGGAGCUGGUUCGGCCGGGGCCCCAGCACCGGUCCAGAGAGGAGGUCCCGGGUCCGCGCGUCUGGCUGUGUCGGACGGUGCUCUCUGUCCCUCCCACUCCCCAGCCCUCCCUUCCAUUUCUCGGCUACCUGCGCGGCUGCAGGCGCCGCGGGGGACUGCACAGAAAAGGUGGUUUCGGCUUGGAUGACGGCCUCAGAGAGGGACGAAAAACGCCCCCUGGUCUCCCAGCAGAGGCCGGGGGCCUGUCUUAGGUCCCAAGCCUCGAAAAACGUCCCGGGUCGGCCGUGCGGGGUCCGGCGGCAGGAGAGAAGCCCGGGGCACGCUCGGUUUCCGGAUACGGCUAUUCCCCGCACCUCACCCUCUGCCCUUUAGGGAAAUGGCCCCCCCUCCACCGACAUUUCCCGGGUUCACCACCCCCACGCCCCAGGAACCGCGCCUCCUCCCCUCCCCCGCGCUCUCCCCGGCGCUUUAAAUAAUGAUAUUUGCAUGCAGGGAGCGAUUCAUAAAUAUGUCAGGGCUGGUGAAAUAUAGGCAACAUUUCAAACUUUCUAUUUAAAAAACAUGAAUUAUGGCCGCGGAAAAUGUGUUCCCAUUUAAAGGCGAUACGAAGUAUUUGGUGUCUCGUCCCCGGGCCCAUCCAUCACGCAGACAAUAAAGAGAGUUUUUCGCCCUGA